AUGGAAGGGGACACCGCCCGUGAACGCCGCGACGUGAGUGGCUGCUCGGGACUCGUUGCGCUGCUGCUCGACGGUUGCUCAGCUGCUCGUGAACGCCGCCGAUGGAUCGAGACUCGACGGUUGCUCGGCAACGCCGCUCGACGGUUGCUCGGCUGCCUCGCUGGCCGCUGCUCGCUGCGUCGAUGCCAGCUGUUCUUCCUCUUCGCCAAGACGCGGACGCCAACGAAGAAAGGGAACUGA